CGACCGACUAUCAUGGCAACACUAGUAUGUUCCUUCUUCCUUCCAUCUCGGCUUUAGGAGAUUGGUGAGAUACCAUGGUUUCCCGGUACGCCAAAGAGCCAGAAAAUGCAGCCAAGAGUUGCAAGGCUCGAGGCUCAAACUUGCGGGUACAUUUCAAGAACACACGAGAAACUGCCCAAGCCAUCAAGAAGAUGCCUCUACAGAGAGCAAUGACGUAUCUGAAAAAUGUUGUUGGACACAAGGAGUGCGUCCCCUUCCGUCGGUUCACUGGUGGUGUUGGACGCUGUGCCCAGGCCAAAGCAUUCAAGACAACUCAGGGCAGGUGGCCCAAGAAAUCAGCUGAGUUCUUGCUGCAGCUCUUGAAGAAUGCUGAAUCUAAUGCUAACUACAAGGGCCUUAGUGUGGAUCACUUGGUGGUGGACCACAUCAUGGUCAACAGGGCUGCCAAGAUGAGGCGACGGACAUACCGUGCUCAUGGGCGCAUCAAUCCAUACAUGUCAAGUCCAUGCCACAUUGAGCUGGUCCUUACAGAGAAGGAGGAGAUGGUAGCCAAGCCUCAUUCAGAUGAACCAGCCAAGAAGAAAGUUUCGAAGAAGAAGCUUGCUAAACAAAAGAUGAUGUCUUCUCGAGAAGGUGGCAUCUGAGCUAAUAAAAAGGCUGUUAUUCUCGUCUUGAA